AUGAGCAGUGCUACUGAUGGCACGGUGCAAACGGCACCGGCACCGGCACCGGCACCGAACGAGCGACGUAAACACAAAGUGAUCAUAGUAGGCGCGGGGAUGGCCGGUCUAUCGUCGGCCAACCACCUGACGAAGAACGGCUGCUCAGAUUUUCUAAUCCUCGAGGGGCGCAAUCGUGUCGGUGGUCGGAUCGUCUCCAUCGACAUGGGCAUGCAGAAGAUUGAACUUGGCGCUAACUGGAUCCACGGUGUAUUGGGGAAUCCGAUGUUCGAACUUGCCAUGCAGCACGGUCUGGUGAGCAUCAUCAACAUCCCGAAACCGCACAAAGUGGUCGCAGCGACCGAGGACGGCAAGCAGGUUCCGUUUCAGGUGUUGCAGGAAAUCUACGAGGCGUACGUUUGCUUCCUGCGGCGCUGCGAAGAGUACUUCCUGUGUCAGUACCUGCCGCCACCGGACAUACACAGCGUCGGCGAACACAUCAAGCUCGAAGUGGAUCUGUAUCUGAAUGGGAUCGAGUGUCAGAAAGAGAAGCGGCUAAGGCAGCUGAUCUUCGCGUGUCUGCUGAAGCGAGAAACGUGCAUCACCGGGUGCCAUAACAUGGACGAGAUCGAUCUGCUCGAACUCGGCAGUUACACGGAACUGCAGGGUGGAAACAUUGUGCUCCCGUCCGGCUACAGUUCGAUCCUGAAGCCACUGUGCGAAAAUCUGCCCGCGGAAAACUUCCGACUCUCGUGUCCGGUACGGAGAAUACAUUGGAAACGGAAAGCGGCACGUCGCGCAGGGCCACUCA